GUUAUGUCAAAUCCUGAAUCUGUCAAAUCGAAAGAUGGAUCAGGCUUGUCAGGUAGCCCGUAAACAAGAUUUGCCCCCUCCGGGGGGCUACAAACCAAUCCCUUACAAAAGAAUACCUGCUAAAACCUUAUUUAGCGGGUAUACUAUGUUUGCGGGCUACUUUGGUAUAACAGCAUUCGCAAUGUACCUCUAUAGCCUGAACUACAAACAAAUAUUAAGAGAUCAAAUUGAGAUGCGUUCUGCCCGGAUGGCUAUAUACCCGAUGCUGCUGGCCGAAAGAGACAGGGCUUUCCUGAAGCAACUCCGUAAGAACCGUGAUGCGGAGGCUGAACUCAUGAAGGAUGUUCCCGGAUGGGAGGUGGGCACCUACUACGGUGAGAAGGUGUACAAACUCCUUCCCCCCGACACUCUGGUUGAGCCAAUCUUCCACGAGUACUACGCUCACUCCAGGCCCUGGGAGUGGUUCCAACGUGCUUACCUCAAGCUGCGCUCUUAAGAAGGUAAUGCUGGCUGCAGCAGGCUGAUCUUAUCACCUUGCGUAAAGUUAAUAUGUUACUGUUACGUACGAGUGUGGUUACUGUGUAUUGAUUUGUAGGUUGAUUUCAUUUCAAUAAAACAUAGGAUGAGA